AUGGCGACCCCCACGGAACGCUUCUUCGUGGCAGCACGGGAGACAGGGCAGGAGCGCUCAGACCUGCCGCUCUGGGGCUUGAGACAGGGAGUGGCCCCGGAGACGGUGUUUCCUCUUCAAGCUGCAGCACCAGCGACCAUGCGGCUUCAAGAGGUCAAGGGUUUGAAGGGUGGCUUUCAAAUUUUGGACCUCAUGACCAAGGACGAGUGCAAGGCCUUCGUGGAGACUCUGGAGAACCUUGGCUUCCACAGUGAUGCCGCCGUGUCCCUCCCUUACUCCUUCCGACACAUGACCAACUGCAACCUGUGCGUUCCUGAAUUUGUGGAUGAGACAUUGUUCAAGCGGUGCGAGCAGCUCCUUCCUGCCAUUGGCGGCCACAAGGCCGUGGGCCUCAAUGCCAAAUUCCGGUGCUACCGGUACCAGCCCGGUGACUACUUCAAGCCCCACACAGAUGGCGCCUGGACGGGCUCGAGGGUCACUGACAAAGGUUUUCAGAGCGAUGCCUUCGGCGACCGGUACAGCCAGCUAACCUUCCUGAUCUUGCUGACAGAAGACUACGAGGGAGGCUUCACACGCUUUUUGGUGGGGGAGGAUGAGAGCGCUGCUGUGGCAGUGCGAACGCCUCAAGGUGGUGCAUUGUGUUUUCCGCACGGCUACCACCCGGAUUCGCCGCUACAUGAGGGCACCGCCAUCCACUCGGGUGUUAAGUACAUCAUUCGUACAGAGGUGCUUUACCCACUCGAAGCGAUGAAGACGGUGCAAAUGCGUUAG